UGGGAGUUGUAGUUGGACUCCUGCCCGAGCUCCGCUGUCUGGAAAGCGCUGAGGGAACCAAGGCUGUUCCCUGUCUUCCGGGAGGAUGGAUCCCGGACCCGGGCCCGACGCGAUGCCACUAGCCAGCCUGAUCUGGUCGUCAGCCUCGGCGCCCCCGCCGCGUGGAUUCAGCGCGAUCUCCUGCACUGUGGAGGGCGCGCCCGCCAGCUUUGCCAAGAGCUUCGCGCAGAAAUCUGGCUACUUCCUGUGCCUUAGUCCCCUGGGCAGCCUAGAGAACCCGCAGGAGAAUGUGGUGGUCGACAUCCAGGUCGUGGUGGACAAGAGCUCCCUGCCGCCGGGCUUCUCUCCUGUCUGCGACCCCUUGGACUCCAAGGCCUCUGUGUCCAAGAAGAAACGCAUGUGCGUGAAGCUGGUGCCCCUGGGGGCUGCAGACAUGGCUGUGUUUGAUGUUCGACUGAGCGGAAAGACCAAGACGGUGCCUGGAUACCUUCGAGUAGGGGACAUGGGUGGCUUUGCCAUCUGGUGCAAGAAGGCCAAGGCCCCAAAGCCAGUGCCCAAGCCCCGAGGUCUCAGCCGGGAAAUGCGGGGCCUUUCCCUGGACCCACCUAGCCAGCCCAGCAAAAGCAGCUUUCCAGAGCGGACACUGUCAAGGCUGGGGUCUCGGGCGUCCACCCUUCGGAGGAGCGACUCCAUCUAUGAGGCAUCCAGUCUCUAUGGCAUCUCAGCCAUGGACGGGGUUCCCUUCACGCUGCACCCCCGAUUUGAGGGCAAGAGCUGUGGCCCGCUGGCCUUUUCUGCCUUUGGGGACCUCACCAUCAAGUCGCUGGCAGACAUUGAGGAGGAGUACAAUUAUGGCUUCGUGGUGGAGAAGACAGCAGCCGCCCGCCUGCCCCCUAGCGUCUCUUAGCCACUCCUCCACCCCAGGGAAGAGCCCCGUACUGAGCCCCACAGCCUGGUGGCCGCCCUGUCUCACUCCAUCUCGGGAACCUCUGAGGCACAGGGCGUCCAGACCCUCAGCCCCUGCGCUGGAGCUGCAGCCUGGGGAGGGGGUGAGAGGAGGCUGCUUGGGGGGGUCUCUGUGCCCCGGCCCUGCAGGGCAGGGGUGGGGCUGGAUGGAAACCAGUGCCUUCAAGUCACACGUGUCAAGACUGUCUGGUGCCUGGAGGUGGCGCGGGCGUCCUCCUGGUAAUAAACACUACCCUGUCCCUGCUGUG